CAGCAGUUUGUCCUGGGGCAGGCGGGCGGGUUGGUUGGCAGCGAUGGCUGGGCUCCUGCGGCCGGAGCUGGCCGUCCCUGGGAAGCCGCUGCCGAAGCCGCAGCAGCAGCAGCAGCAGCAGCAGCAGAAGCAGCAGAGGGAAGCGGGGCGGCCUCGGGCUUCCCUGGCGAGGCUGCCGCCGCUCUCUCACUGAGAAGCGGCUGCCGGGGUUAGCCUGCCAGCCAGCCAGCCAAAGGGGAGCGGUGAUGGUUCGCGGUGGGUGCGGGGGUUUGCUGGAGCUCGGAGCGGGGUUGCUGCUCCUCUUCUGUUUGUCUCUUGCGGAGGCGAGGGCGUCCCGGACUCCCUGUGAUAAUGGCAAGAUUAAUCUUCAAAUGGAUUUACCACCAGCAGAAGAGUUUGUCUGUCCUGGACCCACUUGGCCACUUCCAGAAGUGGUAAUUCCAAGUGUGGCCAAAGUAUAUCCUGAACAGCAGGAGUCUGCUCGAGUGUGUAUGGGUGAACGGAUUGAAUACGAUAAGCAAAUUCCAAACAGUGGCAUGUAUCGACCCAUCUGGGCCACGUAUGGAGAAUACUUGUAUGUCCCACCACAGCGCUGGGUCCACAACUUGCAGCGAGGUGGGAUUGCUUUCCUUUAUGAUCCGUGUGUGCAUCCCAAAUUGAAGGAGGAGCUCUCCCUACUGGCGAGAGCAUGCAUGUACAAGCACAUCAUCACGCCGCAUCUCAAUCUCAGUCAGCAGUGGCCUCUGGCCCUGGUUGCAUGGGGUACAAGUCUGGAAAUGUCAAGGAUUAACCUAGCAGAAGCUGUUACCUGGCUGAGGGAGAGUGUAAACCUGGGCCGUAACUCGGAAGUGAAGGAUGAUGGUGCUUACAAUUACCUGCUGGUCUGUAAAGCAAAGCCGGCUUCAGAUAAUAGUGAUCGGGUUGUUUGCCCUGACAACCAAGUGAAGGAACUGCAACGCCACUUUAAGAAAAGCAAACUUCAGUCAGCCAUAAGAGAAUGGAAUAAAGUUGGAGUGAACGUGCUCAGCAAAGGAUUGCAGUGGAUUCUGAGGAGGAAGAGAAGCCCUGAGACCAGAGGAGCUCCUCAAACCAGCAAACAGGUAGAAGGGGCUUCUCCCUUUACCAGGAUAUCUGCACAGAAGCAAGAUAAGGAUUCUGCAAAGAAUGCAUCCUUUGACAAACCAUCAGCGAAUGUUAUGUCAUUAGCAGUAGUAAGGAGACAGCCCACUGUGCCAGCAGUCAUUUCUGGAGAUUCUGAGGAAGCAGUGGAAAGCAGGACUUCUGAAAACCAAGGGACAAAGGAGGGAAACUCCGCAAUUGGAGGCGAACAGAACAGAAGGAGCAAUGAAUUGGAGUCCACCACACCCACUUUAAAAGAGCCUCCUGUAAAUGAAGCCCACCAACAGACCUUUCUGGACAGCAACGGUGCUAAACAGUUGAAACCAGGUGACUUGACUGUUAAACAGCCAAAUUCUCCUCAGCAGCACCAGACACACGACACUUCAGAUUCUUCAUCGCAUUCGCAAGUGAAAGCUCAGCAGACUAAUAGUGAAGCUCAUUCUUCACAAGAACAAAUCAAAAGUGGUGGAAGUAUUAUUGGCAAAGCCAACAGCCAAAUGGUCAAGAACUCUGCCAUUAAAGAACAGCAGAUAGCUAAAAUCAUUGCUAAUAUCAACCAUGUUCCAGACAGUCCGGCUGUCAAUGGGGACACAGGUCAAAUACUUCAGAAUGGGAGCAAAGUGAGGGGGAAAAACGUAAUACCUCUGCAUACUUCAGAAAUCUCUUCCAAAAAUGAUGUUGGCACUAAGGGAAACGAGGAUAGUGAUAAAAGCUACCCUGGAGAGAUGGGCAGUGACGGAACCGUUCAAAAAGUCACGGUGGAGGAAACAGAUACCUCCAAGACCAACGAGACCGUGAUCCUGAAUUCUCAGGAUGGUCGCAAUGAAACCGCAGCAGUGGGGUCUGAGAACGUGAAGUGCAAAUGUGAAGAUGGGGCAUCUCAGAAUGUACAGACUGCGCCUGAUGUUGCAGGUUCAAAUAACUUAAAGGCUCUUAAGAAAACCCAGCACUAUGUGGAAGACAGGACAUCGUACAUCCCCACACCACGAACAGAGGAAGCAACCUGGGCUGCUGCUGCACUCGCAUUUAUCUUAGUGUUCCUUACACUGGCAGUAUUGUACACUAGGCUGUACAGAAAAUUCAUGAAGAGUGACAGUUUAUACUGGGCACCAGUUCCAGGCAUUGAUGGGCAAGAAAGUGUAGCAGAUAUCGUAAAGAGAAGACUUACCAGGUCUGGCAAAAGGAGGAAAAAAAGACUACCAUACAAAAAGAAAUCCAUUUCACCCUAUGAUGUUCUUCCAAGUGACAACAGUGACUAAUGCUACCAAAGAUAUUCACUGGGGCUAACAUCCCAUUAGAUGAGGUGACUUCAGUGCUCUCUGAUCCAGCCUCUUAAAAGUAGACAUUUACUGCAGUUGAGAGGUGGAACUAUAUCUCUGUAAAAAUAAUGAAGCUGGAAAAAAAAAUGCGAAAGAUGGCAGAGAAAUUAUAUUACAAAUAGUUUGAAAUUAUAUAUUUUACUAAAGACUUGUGACACAAAUACUUUGUUUAACAUGUAAAUCACAUUGUCAAAUUUCAUUCUGGAAAACUGCACAGAUGACGAGAGACUUUAGCAGUGUUCUGUUUUGUAACUCUUGCAAUUUCACUGCAAUACUACAAAGCACAAAUUUACAUGAUCCCUGCCUGUAGAGUUUAAAUAUACCCAAUUAAAUAUUUUUAUGGAGUGAUAGACGUCAAAGGAUUACAAUUUGUAGCAAAUGUCAAAUCAUACCCCUUCUGAACCUACAAUAUCCAAGAUUCACAGCAGAUUUGCAGCCCUUUAGUUUGGAGCAAUGUUAAAACUUCAACAAUUAAGGUAUUAAAAAUAAACUGCUAAGCUCCAUCGUCAGGUUUAGCAUAAAAUAAACCAUUAACUUCAAUUUCUUCGGUUCUAAACCUGUCCAAUGUAACUGGACUUAAACAAGAUAAAAGGGACAGAGGGAUAUGGCAGCAGAGUAGGAAGAUGUUCAUCUGUAGAAUAAAUGCCAGCCAGAGAGCAGUUUUUGUGCUGUAGAUUUUAUUAGCUUUGAGAGUUGGGGAGAGGCCUGCUGUACAGGCAGGUUACUGUAUAAUCAAUUCCUGAUUGUACGCCUGACAACCUUGAGCGCAAGUUUUUUUUUAAUUAAAUAAUUUGAUAGCCAGGGAGCAGAGAAAUGAUUGCAGCAGCAAUCUGUUCCUUACAAUAAAGGCAUAAACUAGAAUUGCUUCUUUUUCGCUGUGCUUGGCCUUCAGACAUUAACAACUGAGCCAACCGCACUACCUAGUUUUGUCCAAACUCCUAAAUGAAAGUGAAACCUUCAAAAAGCACAAAAUUAAACACCAACCCUUUAAAGUUCUGAUAGUUUGAAAAAGAAAAAAAAAAAAAUUUUUGCCCAAGUCCAUUAACUCAGUUGCCCCCAGCGAUCGGUUCUGGAUUAUCAUUUAUUAAGGACUUCAAUUUAACCUCAGAACUGGUUGUUGCGUUACUGAGCGUAAUGGAGCAACCAGAUCAAACGCAGUGAUCUUAGAAAAAGAAUUAAGUGGCAAUCAGAAAGUCAUUUGUUGGCUGCCGGCCAGAUUUUUUUGCUGUAACGAAAACGGGAAAAUGCUGGAAAAACUCAGCAGGUCUGGUGGCAUCUGUGGAGAGAGAAACAAGAGUUAACGUUUUGAGUCGGUAUGACGCUUCUUCGGAGAUCUUUGUUGUACUUGUUUUCGUCUCCUGCUAAACAAUUGCUGCUACACUUAAAAAAAAACACACACAAGGUCUCAUUUUCCUGACACACAAAAAAAUCUCCAGAAAACAGACUUUUCAAACACUGCAACUUGAGGUGGCAACGUAAAAAAAACUAAACUACUUAUCAAGCACAAAGCACUGCCAACUCACUAUGAAGAAACUCUGGCUGCAAACACAUUUAUAUUUGUAGAGUGAAUUAUUUUUGUAUUAUUGUAUGUAAAGGGCUAAAUUGAAAGCUGCAGUGGCGUGGGAGUGAUUGCACAGGGGUUUUUCUGCAGAAUAGAAUAUUCAUAUCGAUAGGUGUGCAGUCUUAUUCAUGUUUAAUACAAGACGAGUAGAGCAUUAUGUUACUGAUUUUGUAUUGAGACGAACCUAUUGGAAAUGGUUUUCAGAGUACUUUUAAGCGGGCAGUGAUUUAUCAGUUUAACACAGUUGCAUUACACAAACGUUGAUUUGUGUCGGCUGUGAUUCAUUUUUCAGUUAUACCCUUAUGUCUCAUCUGCCAGGUUUAAGUGGUGCAAGGCUCGAAACAAAUUCUGCAGCUUUCAGUUACCUUAUAAAGGCAUUUAGCAGAAGUGAAAGUCAAUUAUUUCCUUAAAUGUUGGCGAACAGGGAGGUGAUUCAUUGCCCAGUUCCGUGUAGAAACAGGCAUUUUUCAGCUGUUGGGAAUUUUUAUGCAAACUGUGGUGACCAGGGAACAAUAUGUGUAAAAUUCACAGAAUUGGUCAUGGAGUGUCACACCACAUCAAGUCACUUUCCUUAGUAAUCAAGAAAAGAGUUUCAAAUAAAUGCUUGUGAUAUUUCUGUAUGAUACGUGAUUUAUUUUUCAGAAAUUAUUAAACUUUUGGAAUUUACUUUA